AUUCUAUCAAUAAUUAAUUUAUUUUAUUAAUAAAUAAUUUAUUUUAUCAAUAAAUAAUUUAUUUUAUAAUUUUUUAAUAUUUUAAAUAAUUUUAAUAAAUAAAGUAAAAGUUUUGAUGAUUGACGAAUUGUUAUGUGUGUGGAAUGGUAUUUUUUCCGAGUCUAAUGAUUACUCGUUUGGCUACAAUGAGAAAUUAUACAACAUUUCAUUCACGCAAGAGUUUGCAAAUUUUGUCACUAAUUCGCUGAGCAAUUCUUCCACCAAGGACCCGUUAAGCGCUAAAAAUGACCCGAAACCCUACAGCUUUAAACAUAUUCUACAACUUAUUCUACAUCAUAAUGACCCGGAACUCGUCCAAGAAGCGCUACAAUCUCUCUUCAAUCUACGCGAAUCUCUCAUCAAUGUGUUUGGAGAGGUGUCUGUGGAGAAUGGGUUUGAGGAUUUACUGAGGGAUUCGAUAAAGUUAAUAAUAGUUGACGCGUUUAACCGGAAGGUGAAGGAGGGGAAUUCGGACUACGCGCCCGUGUUACUGGACGUUUCAGGCGUUAAACACAUUGAAAAUUACCUCAAAGUCACAAGGGAAAUCAUGUCACUCGUAAAUAAUAUCAACCAAAUUAAUCAAAAAAUCGCAAAAACACAGCAGAAAAUUGAACAAGUAAGACUGGAGAGAAAUUUAAUCGACUCUGAACUCACCAAAUUCCAACAAUUUAAACCCUAAAAACCUAUUAACUAAGCUGUAAACUGGAUGUUCCUUGGAAUGUGUAACAAAUGUGAAUAAAUCAGCGUAAACACUGUGGAAAAUAAUUUACUAUAAUAAUUUAAUAAUUUUUUUAA